ACUCCGUCAGUUUUGGGUUAGUUUUACUUUUUUCGGAAAUAAAUUAUAAAUGGUAGUUAUUUCGUAAAUUUUUCACAUCUAUAAAUCGAAAUCCCCUUCUUCUUUCUGCAUCCAAGAAGUAAUUGUUAGCUUGAGAGAGAAAGAAUUGCAAAUUAGCGGUGUGAUUUAAUCGUCGGCAGCGGCGGAGGAUGGACGGCGACGGCGAUUCGAAGAGGAAGCGACCUAUGGCCGAAGAUGCUCCUGAUAUGGAUGAUGCUCCCAAUCAAAAGAAACCAAGAGCAUUUUCUGACCUGGCAAAAUCCAGGAACAUGAAUCGUAGAAGAAAGUAUUACAAUGCUAAAGAAACCCUGAUUAAGAUUGGAGCCACGGAUAAGUUCAUAACAUCGCUAAUGGGUAAAAUACAAGAAUUUAUUGACGAACUUGUGGCUGAAGGGGAACAAGUCGAUGCUGAGAAAUCGAAAGCUGGAGCUACUGACAAUGCCAAAGAUGAUAUGGCUCAGGAUGGAAAUGGUGGGACAAAGACGGAUCUUCCACACCAAUCUGGUUUACAAAUUGCAAAGCAUGUACAUAGAGCGAAGGAGGACCGCCCAGCGGAGAUAGUCAAUCUCAUUCAAUCUCGAACAGGUUUUGCUGAAGUUGGAAUAAAGGUUGCUUUAGCUAAAACUCGUGUCAUUCACUUCCUAAAAGAACUCAUGGAUGAGGAAAUGCAAGAGGAAGAAAUCGAUGACGACAAGAAGGUGACUGAAAUAAAACAAGAUGCAGAGAUAUCAAAAAGCUAGAGCUGCUGCUUCAUCUUAUGACAAUGCCUGAGAUUGCUCAUGACUCCAUUGAUAAAAAUGGUGGGAAAAAGUAAGAAUUCCUGUUGAUUCCUUGGUUGGUACCAACUUUAGUUUGCUUUUUAUCUCUCUACUCUCCUCCCACCUUCCCACCAUGGGGGGGGGAGGUUUUGGACCCCCAAUGCGGGGUCUGCGUCACUCCGGGUCCAGCGCCUCCAAGAACGUCUCCUCUGAGCCCGCCGCCACCUCCGCCUCCAACACCACCUCCACGUCCCUGCCCUCCCCCUGUCGCCUCCUACAGCAUAGAGAACUCUAUAGAAACCCACUAAAUAUUUACAAAUGAAAUAACAAGAAAUUCGCAGUGUUAAAAUAAUUAGAAAUUAGCACUAUAUUGAAAUAA